UGGCGGCGCUGAAGGAGUGUGCGGUGGAGUGGGGGAUGAGCGUCAAUGCAGCGUCAAGGUGGGCGCGGGGCAUGGAUUGCGCGCCGGCACAGGGCAUCACAUGCGACAGUGACGGCAUGGUGACGGCGCUAGACGUGUCCAACAGGGGCCUCAACGGCCGCUUGCCUGUUGCCCUCUCCGCCCUCUCGCGCCUUCAAUCCCUUGAUGUGCACGUGAACCAAAUGUCCGGACCCCUGCCAUCUACCCUCUCCACUCUCGUCCGCCUGAACACCCUAUGUCUGAGCAGCAACAACUUCUCGGGCCCUAUUUUCGACGUCAUUGUCAACAUGCCAUCCCUUGUUACCAUUUCAUUCUACAACAACAGCUUCACUGGACCCAUUCCACCCACCAUCUCACGCAUGCACCGGCUUGCAUAUCUCGAAAUGGAUGCCAACCCCUUGCAUGUGCCACUGCCACACGAAAUCAGCCAUCUCACCGCCCUCUGCUACCUGAGCAUGGCACGGAAUGGCAUCUCUGGCCCGCUGCCCGACACCAUCAGUGCCCUCACCGCCCUGGAAAACAUCUACGCGCCAUCCAACGCCAUCACAGGGAGCAUCCCCUCCACCAUUGCUGCCCUUUCACGCCUCGAGUUCUUGGUGCUGAGUCUGAACCCUUUCCUCACGGGAUCCCUGCCUCGCGCUCUCUCCCGCCUCACCAGACUCCAGCAGCUUUUACUCGGCAACACUGCCAUCUCGGGCCGGCUGCCUCGCUUCCUUGCAGCCCUCACUCGCCUCACUGUGCUAGUCCUACUCACUUGCCGCCUUAUUUACACCUCUCGUUCCGCUCAUUCCCCUCAUUCCCCUCAUUCAUUCCCUUCAUCCCCCCCGCUCCCCUCAUUCCCUUCAUCUCCCCCGCUCCCCCCGUUCCCCUCAUUCCCCCCUUCCCCUUGCAGCUCCUUCCAUGCUCAGGCGCACCCUCCCCUGCCCUCACAUUCCCCUCUUUCCCUCAUUCCCCGUUCCCCUCAUUCCCAUGAUUCCCCCCGUUCCCCUCAUUCCCCCCUUCCCCGUCCAGUUCCUUCCAUGCUCAGGCGCACCCUCCCCUGCCCUCACAUUCCCCUUGCUGACCUAAUCAGGGCCACCAAUGGGUGGGCAGAGGGGCGGAGGGUGGGGGGAGGCAGGUGGAGUGACGUGUACAGGGGGGAAUGGGGGGAAUCGGGGCGGAGGGCGGAGGGGGGAAAGAGCGAGGAGAGGAGUGAGGCGGAGAGCGAUGGUGGGAAUGGAAGAGGGGGAGAGGGGAAGCAGGACGGGGGAGAGGGGAAGCAGGAAGGGGGAGAGGAGGGGGGCGCGUUGCAGAGGAAGCAGGGGAUGCGUGCAGGGAGGGGGAGGGCGCGGGGGCGGGGGGGCGUGUGGGCAGUGAAGCGCAUGAGAGGGGGGCCGCCGUGGGAGUCACUGGAGGCACACGCGCUGGCCUUGGCGCGGGUGGGGCACCCCAACGUGCUCCGCCUCGUGGGGUGGUGCAGCUGGCAGGCUGGGGGGGGCAUCGAGGGGCUGCCAGAGGCAGGGCAGAGGGGAGUGCGGGAGGGGGGAGGGGAGGGGGGUAUGCAGGAGGGGCGGGCGCGGGGAGAGGAAAGGGGCAGGCAGGAAAGGGGAGCGAAGGGGGGUGGGAAGGAGAGGGGAGAGGAGGGGAGCAGGCAGGAGGAGGGAGAGGAGAAGGGCGGGCAGGAGGGGGGAGAGGAGGGGCAGGUGUUGGUGUAUGAGUGGAUGGAGAGGGGCAGCUUGCAGGCAGUGCUGCAGGCAGCCGCGCAGGCGGGCAGUAGCCCCUUGUCGCUGCGGCAGCGGGUGGGCGUCACGGCGGGCAGCAGCCCCUUGUCCCUGCGGCAGCGGGUGGGCAUCACGGUGGGGGUGCUGAGGGCGCUCAAGGCGGUGCAGAGCCACGGGCGGGUGCACGGCGACCUCAAGCCCUCCAACGUGCUGCUCACUGUUGCCUGGGAGGCGCGGGUGGGCGACUGGAGUGCGGUGCGCAUGGGGCAGCGCGUGCACGUGGACAUGGGCGGGCAUCAGGAAGGUUCCUGGACGAGCGGGAGUGGGGAAGGUGGAGGCAGCAAGGGUGGCAGCAGUGGCGAAGCUGGCGGCAGUGGCAGCGCUGGCAGCAGUGGCAAGAGUGGCCACAGUGGGAGUUCGAGCGAGAGCAAGAGGAGUGGCAGCAGCACCAGCAGCAGCAGCAGUGGCAGUGGAGGGUUGAAGCAGCGGAGAGUGUUGCGGUGCACGGAGGGGCAUGUGGAUCCCGCUGUGCUGCACUCUGACAUUGCUUCUGCCAUGUCAGACAUGUUCAGCGUGGGGGUGCUGCUGCUGCAGCUGCUCACGGGUUGGGAUGCUCCCUACAAGCAUGUGGAUGGGCAGCGCGUCCACAUCUCUGACUGGGCCCAGCAGCAUGUGACAGCCGGCAACGUCUCUCCUCUCCUCGACCCCCUCCUCCCACACCCUCCACCCCCUCACUCCCUCCUCCUCCCCCUCUUCCUCCUCGCCCUCUCCUGCACCUCCCCUUCUCCCUCCUCCCGCCCCACUCCCUCUGCGGCCCUCCGAACCCUCAAGCCCCUUCGAGCCUCCCUGCUGCAAGGGGAGUGGACAGGAGAAAGGCUAGAUAGCAGAGAGGGGGACAGCGGAGAGAGACGAGAGGGUGGGGGGCAGAGCAUAGGGAGAUGGAGCGGGCUGUUCUGGGGGAGUGGCACGGGCAUAUGGGAUGGGCAGGGCAGUGGCGGUGCACUGGGCACACGGCUGGCAAUGCUGGGUUCAGAGGACAGUCGCGAGUUUGUGGUGUAG